UCUUCUCCUUUUCCUUUCCCAUUUCUCCAAAAAGCCAAAAGCAUCAAACGAUACCUUCCCUUCCCCACGCAUUCUCCCAUGGCCAACCACCACCACCGCGCCGCCUCCUCCUCCAGCGACAUCUCUGUCUAUUUCGACGCCCACGCCGCCACCUCUUCUUCCGGGCGUGUUGCCAGGGAUUCAUCCGCCGCCUCGCGUGACGCGCCUGCACCUCAACCUCAACCGCCGCCUGAUCAGGUUAACGAUGACAAUGCUGUUGCCGCUAAGGGAGGCAGUGCACUGGCGCUUGCUAAGUUCCUCGAUGAGAAAGUUCCCUUCAAGCAAAAGAUGCGAUGGAUAAAACGGGCUUCCGUACUUAAGGAUGACGGUACAGUUGAAAUUAAAGUUCCAGGAGCAGGAGGUAGCGUUGAGCCUGAUGUUAAACACCAUGAAUCUCAUGAUGGUUUUUCGGAUGCAAUACACAGUCAGGAUAUUCAGCCAAUUCAACCACUUCAAAUUGUAAUGCUUAUAGUUGGCACACGGGGAGAUGUCCAGCCAUUUGUUGCCAUGGGGAAGCGUCUGCAGGAAGAUGGACACAGGGUUAGGAUAGCCACUCAUAAGAACUUUGAAGAUUUUGUCUUGAAUGCAGGCUUGGAGUUUUACCCUUUGGGUGGAGAUCCCAAAGUUCUUGCUGGUUAUAUGGUCAAGAAUAAAGGCUUCUUGCCAUCAGGACCUUCAGAAAUACAUAUACAAAGAAAUCAAAUCAAGGAUAUUAUUAAUACUUUGCUUCCUGCAUGCCACAGUCGUUACCCAGAGUCUAAUGCCCUAUUUAAAGCAGAUGCGAUAAUUGCCAAUCCUCCAGCAUAUGGGCAUACUCAUGUUGCUGAAUAUCUAAAAGUUCCACUUCACAUAUUCUUCACAAUGCCAUGGACGCCUACUAGUGAGUUCCCACAUCCUCUUUCCCGUGUUAAGCAACCAAUUGGCUACAGACUGUCAUAUCAAAUAGUUGAUGCUUUAAUCUGGCUUGGAAUUCGAGACUUGAUAAAUGAGUUUAGGAAGAAGAGGCUGAAGCUAAAGCCUAUUACUUAUCUAAGUGGAUCUUACACGCACCCCUGUGAUGUGCCCCAUGGUUAUAUAUGGAGCCCUCACUUAGUCCCUAAGCCAAAAGACUGGGGAUCCAACAUAGAUGUCGUUGGAUUUUGUUUCCUUGACCUUGCUUCAAAGUAUGAACCACCAAAAUCCCUAGUAGAUUGGCUUGAAGAGGGAGAGAAACCUAUUUAUGUUGGAUUUGGUAGCCUUCCUUUGCAGGACCCAGAGAAAAUGACACAUACCAUAAUUGAAGCUCUGGAAAAAACAGGGCAGAGAGGUAUCAUCAAUAAAGGCUGGGGUGGUCUUGGGUCUUUGGCAGAACAAAAGAAAUCUGUGUAUUUAUUGGACAACUGUCCGCAUGAUUGGCUGUUUCCCCGAUGCUCCGCAGUGGUACAUCAUGGGGGUGCUGGAACAACUGCCGCUGGUCUUAGAGCUGAAUGUCCAACAACUAUUGUACCAUUCUUUGGGGACCAACCGUUUUGGGGAGAGCGGGUGCAUGCAAGAGGAGUAGGUCCUGCACCGAUCCCGGUGGAUGAGUUUUCACUGGAAAGGCUUGUUGAUGCCAUACAUUUUAUGCUGAAACCAGAGGUGAAAAAGCGUGCUGUUGAACUUGCUAACGCCAUGAAAAAUGAAGAUGGGGUGCUAGGAGCGGUUAAAGCCUUCUAUAAACAUUAUCCGAGCGAAAAAUCAAAGUGCGACAAGUUCAAGCAAUUAAACUCCACAGCCGAUCCCCGGCCAAUGCAUAAAUAUUUCUCUAUACGAGGAUGCUUUAGUUGCAGUAAAUCUUAUCUGGAUAAAUAACUUUAUGCAUUUUGCUGAGCUGUAACAUGUUUGUUGUUCAGUCUAAUUCUUAUAUGUAAGCAGUUGUGAGAAGUAAAUUGCCCUGGUGAUUUUGUUGAGCUGCUCCAGAAGCAUUUCUGAAGGUUCCAUUAUAUAGUCCAAUUUACUGUCAAGAGCUACUUUACUUUCUUCUUUAACAUCAUGUUUGUGUCAUAUUAACAUGAACCAGUGUUUUGUAGAAUACAACUAAUCAAUCAUAUUCUUUGGAGAAAAAAUUUGCAAAUUUUUUUUGGGUUA